AUGGGUUGCUUCAAAACUGAUUCCAACUAUUCCUGGAUUUAUCCCACUGUGAUCCUCUGCCUAUAUGGAUUUUUCUCCAUGAUGAGACCCUCAGAACCUUACCUUGUCCUAUAUUUAACUGGAUCAGAUAAGAACCUGACCAAUGAUGAGGUCACAAAUGAGAUUUUACCAGUUUGGACUUACUCUUAUCUGGUGCUGCUUCUCCCAGUGUUUAUCCUUACUGACUAUGUUCGAUAUAAGCCAGUCAUCAUCCUACAAGGGAUCAGCUUUAUCAUUACCUGGCUGUUACUAUUGUUUGGCCAAGGAGUACAAACCAUGCAGAUUUUGGAGUUCUUCUAUGGGAUGGUUACAGCCACUGAAGUGGCCUACUAUGCUUAUAUUUACAGCGUGGUCAGCCCAGAGCACUAUCAGCAAGUGAGUGGCUACUGCAGGAGCAUCACGCUUGUGGCCUACACAGCGGCUUCAGUGCUGGCCCAAAUCUUGGUAUCCCUGGCCAGUGUGUCUCUCUUUCACCUCAAUGUCAUUAGCAUGAUUUCUGUUUCCAUGGCCUUCCUUUUCUCUCUUUUUCUACCAAUGCCCAAUAAAAGCAUGUUUUUUCAUGCAAACCCCAACAGAGAAAUACAAAAGUCACCAAGCAUGAAGGGCGUGCUACAUGCAACUCAUGAAUGUGAAGGACCAGGAAGGAAAGAGGAGAAAUGUCCUUCAAAUAUAGCCACCAUUUCAGAAAACUUCCCUGAUGGCCAGCUGGGCAACCCAAGGCCAAAGCAUGUAGCUUUGAGAGUUUUUGAACAGUGGUUCCAAGAUCUGAAGGCAUGCUACCACUCAAAGCAUCUUUUCUACUGGUCUCUGUGGUGGGCUUUUUCCACAGCAGGUUUUAACCAGGUUUUGAAUUAUAUUCAAGUCCUCUGGGUUUAUAAAGCACCACCCCACCACAAUUCUGACAUUUAUAAUGGAGCUGUAGAAGGGAUUGCAACAUUUGGAGGGGCACUGGCUGCCUUUGCAGUUGGUUUUGUGAAAGCUGAUUGGGAUCUUCUGGGAGAGUUGGCUCUGGGUAUAUUCUCCAUUUUCAAUGCAAGUUCUCUGUUUCUCAUGCAUUACACCACCAAUAUCUGGGCUUGUUAUGCUGGCUAUUUCAUCUUCAAGUCCAGCUAUAUGCUUCUCAUAACUAUAGCAGCUUUUCAGAUAGCUGUUAAUCUGAGUGUGGAACGCUAUGCCCUUGUAUUUGGAAUCAACACCUUCAUUGCCCUGGUGGUUCAGACCAUUAUAACUGUGAUUGUUGUGGAUCAGAGAGGACUUAACCUACCAAUCAGAGUUCAGUUUUUAGUUUAUGGCAGUUACUUUGCAGUCAUUGCUGUAAUUUUCCUAAUAAGAAGCAUGUACGUUAUCUGCUCAACCAAAUGUCAGAAGAAAAUGCAGAUCUCUGUUCUAGAGCAGAAUCUAUAUGGACCACAAUUAGAGGAACCAAGCACUGUCCUCAAGGUAACAACGUUCUGACAUCAUGUCAACCACAGUCCUCUGUGUGAGGACUAAGCUGCUCACAGUCAAUAAAUUGACAUUCUUCACAGUCUGGAUUCCAGCAAGCCUUCACAACCACCCAGGACCCCAGCCAUGGAUCAAAAAAGUGUGUGUCCAGGUGAAUGGA